AUGCUAUCUUCACUCUCCUCCAGCUUGAAUAAUGCCCGCACCUCCGUGGCGCAGGUGCUCAACUUUGCUUUAGUUCUAUCGACUGCCUUUAUGCUAUGGAAGGGAUUAUCAGUGGCGUCUGCAUCCAGUUCCCCCAUUGUGGUCGUCCUCUCGGGUAGUAUGGAGCCUGCGUUCCAACGCGGUGAUCUUCUGUUCCUAUGGAAUCGCAGCCCUCGAACGGAGGUGGGAGAAAUCGUGGUCUACAACGUGCGCGGAAAGGAUAUCCCCAUCGUCCACCGCGUGGUUCGAAGCUUCCCCGAGGUCGAGGCAAAGACAAAGAAGGUCAAGGAGAUCACAGUCUAUGCACACGACCAGGAUCACCUUAAUCGUUCCGAGGAUAUUGUAGGAAGCGUGCGAGGAUACAUCCCGAUGGUUGGAUACGUUACAAUCAUGCUAUCGGAGCACCCGUGGUUGAAAACGGUACUUCUGGGUAUAAUGGGCUUGAUGGUCAUGCUUCAGCGGGAAUAA